AUGCCCACCAACCCACUAUCCGUCCCCGGCGGAUGGAAAAAAGAUACCCCCAGCGCGGAGAAGAGCAACCCAAACGCCGCCAAAGAGCAGGCCGACAAUGUGCCUCGCUCCGUGACCGGUACCGUGAAUGAGUCCGGCGAGAUUGUGGACGAGUCCGGCAAGAGCAUUGGCAAGAUUGCCGACUCGAGUGACCCCAAGGAGCUCGCCGGCAACACCGUGAACGAGGCCGGCAACAUUGUCUCCGAGGCAGGCGAUGUGCUCGGCAAGGCCACCCUUGGCGACGAUGAGGCCAAGGCAAAAGACACCACAGACAAAACACAAACCUCGGCAGAAAAGGCGGCAGACGACGCCACCGACAAGGUAGACGACACCACAGAGAGCGCGGGCGAGUACACCACCGAGGGAGGCGACAGCAAGUCGUCGAGCGGUUGGUUCGGCAAGACCGCUAAGGGUGCCUACAACUCGCUCGGCUCGUUGGGGUCCAAGGGUAAGGAGGCCACGGACGACGUCCAGGGCAAUGCAGACAACACUACACAGGACACACAGGGCCAAGUGGAUGAGACGACCGAAAAGGCCCAAGAGGGAGCUGAGGAUCCUGAGAAGAAGUUUGACAACACCACAGAGGACACACAGGGUCAAGUGGAUGAGACGACCGAAAAGGCCCAAGAGGGAGCUGAGGAUCCUGAGAAGAAGCUCGACAACGCCACAGAGGAUGCACAGGACAAAGUGGACGAGGCUGAAGAAGGUGCCAGCCAGGCGCUCGACUUCUCCGUCCUGGAGAACGCCACCGUCAACAAGGGCGGCAACCUCGUAAUCGACGGCAAGACCGUGGGCAAGCUCGUCGAGGGUGAUGUCAAGAAGAUUCAGGGCUGCAAGAGCGACGAGCAGGGCCAGAUCUGGAAUGACUCUGGCAAGGUCGUCGGCAAGGCGGAGCCUCUCCCGCAAGACGACGAGCCAAAGGAGGACGCCCCUUUCAAGAACUUCCCCGACGCCAUCGUCCGGAGUGAUGGUAGCGUUGUGCAGAGCGAGGACAACGACACUCGCGUCGGCACGCUCGUCGAGGGUGACGCUAAAAAGCUCAAGGGCAGCAAGGUCGAUGAAGAUGGUGACGUCCUCGACAGCCAGGGCAACAAGGUCGGCAAGGCUGAGUCUUGGGACGAGCCUGAGGAGGAGCCUGCCGCCGAAGAGGAGGCUCCUGACUGCUCCAUGCUCGAUGGUGCCGUCGUCAACAAGGCUGGCAACCUGACCAACCAGGACGGCAAGGUUGUUGGCAAGCUCGUCGAGGGUGAUGUCAAGAAGCUGCAAGGCCUCAAGUGUGAUGGCCAAGGCCAGAUCUGGAACGACUCGGGCAAGGUUGUUGGCAAGGCACAGCCUGUGGGCGAGGACGACCAGGAGAGGAUGGACGCGCCCUUCCAGAAUUUCCCCGACGCGGUUGUCGAGGGCGACGGCAGUGUUACCUCGGACGGCAAGCGUAUCGGCACCGUGAUUGACGGCGACGCGAAAAAGCUUAAGGGCUCCAAGGUUGACGAAGACGGUGACAUUCUCGACCGCAACGGCAACACCGUCGGCAAGGCCGAGCCCUGGGACGAGCCGGAGCCUGAGGAGGCUCCCGAGGAGGAGGUGCCCGACUGGUCGUUCCUCGACGGCUGCACAGUCAACAAGCUCGGCAAGCUCGUCAACAAGCAGGGCGAGGUCGUGGGCACGCUCAAGGACGGCAACGCCAAGGAGCUCCAGGGCCACCGCUCCGACGCCAACGGUCAGAUCUGGAACGACAGCGGCAAGGUCGUUGGCCAGGCCGAGCCCGUCUCCGACUCGGAGAGGCAGGCUGCCAGCAAGUCGUACGCCCCCUUUGAGAACUUCCCCGAUGCCGUUGUCGAGGCAGACGGUAGUGUCACUGCGGACGGCAAGCGUGUCGGUACUCUGAUCGAUGGUGACGCCAAGAAGCUCAAGGGUAGCAAGGUCGAUGAAGAUGGUGACGUGCUCGAUCGUAACGGCAACACUGUCGGCAAGGCUGAGCCCUGGGACGAGCCCGAGGCUGAGGAGGAGCCUGAGGCAGACCGCUCUGUCCUCGCUGGCAAGCGUGUCAACAAGGCCGGCAACGUCGUCGACGGAUCCGGCGUCAUCUUCGGUAAGGUCGUCGAGGGCAAUGCCUCGUCCAUGGUCGGACGUAUGUGCAACAAGCAGGGCCAGAUCCUGUCCGAGUCAGGUGAUGUCCUGGGCCAGGCCGAAGUUGUGUCUGAGGGCGAGCGCGAGGGCUCCAAAGAAGGUCCCUUUGCUGAACUUGAGGGUUUGACCGUCGCCAAGGAUGGUACCAUUGUCACGCCCGCUGGUGACAUUGUCGGACGCCUCACCUCUGGUGAUGGUAACACGCUCUUUGGCCGCUCAGUCGACCAGGACGGCGAGAUUGUCGACAAGAACGGCAACACGCUCGGCAAGGCGGAGCGCUGGAGCCCCCCUGAGGAGGAGCCCGAGGAGAAGUCCAAGGGUCCAAUGGAGGGUCUCAAGGUGAAUCGCGAGGGCAACGUCGUCAACAACGAGGGCGAAACCAUUGGCAAGCUCGUUUCUGGCGACCUGUCGUCCGUCAUUGGCAAGGAGAUUGACGCUGACGGCGACAUUAUCAACACAAAGGGCCAGACUGUUGGCCACGUCGCCCUGCUCGAGGACAUUCCCCAGGAGGAGGAGCCUGAGCCCGAGGAGACAGAGGAGGAGCGAAAGGCGCGCGAGAAGACCGAGGCGGAGGAGCAGAAGGCAGAGAACGACCGCCAGCUCGCCGGCCAGCUCAGCGGCGCCAUUGAGCAGUCUCUCGAGAAGAUCCAGCCCAUUCUGACCAUGAUCAAGGACAAGAUGGCUGUUGUUGACAACAAGAAGCCUGAGGAAAUUGACCAGGAGCAGCUCGUCAAGGAGGUUAGGCCCCUUAUUGAGGAAGGUGGUAAGAUCCUCCAGGAGACCAAUGGCAUCGUCCGUGGUAUGGACCCGGACGGUCGUAUCCAGCGCCAGGCCAAGCAAAAGUCUGGCACCAAGGAGGCUUCCCCUGAGGAGCACCACCUCGCCGAGGUUCUCAAGACACUCACCGGCGAUGUUACCCAGACCGUCGACGGCGCCAAGAGAAAGCUCGAAUCUCUUCCCAAGGCGAAGAAGGAGCUUAACCCGCUGUGGGGUCUCUUGACUGAACCCCUUGGCCAGAUCAUCGCCGCAGUUGGACUGCUCCUAACCGGCGUUCUCGGUAUCGUGGGCCGGCUUUUAUCAGGCCUCGGUUUAGGUAACCUCGUCGAUGGCCUCCUUGGUGGCUUGGGUAUGUAA